AUGGAAGUUGAAUAUUAUAGACAAAAGUUUAAUGCUGAUAAUGACCUCAGCAAUUCCGUUGUUUUGUCAAAAUAUAGGAGCGCCGCUGAUAUUGUGAAUGCUGUUUUGCCACAAAUUAUUAGUAGAAUUGUACCAGGCAUGUCUGUUACUGAAUUAUGCAAAUAUGGUGACCAACUUAUUUUUUCGCAUACUUCUAAGGUUUACAAUAAAAAUAAGGUUGAAAAAGGUGUAGCAUUGCCGACUAUGAUUUGUGUAAAUCAUUAUUUGCAAUAUUUUUCUCCUCUCCCUGAAAAUGAUGUUAUUCUUCAACAUGGAGACCUAGUUAAGAUAGAAUUAGGUGUUCAUAUUGAUGGAUAUAUUGCAAGUGCAGCACAUACUACAAUAUUAAAUCCAAAUCCACAACAACCUAUAGAAGGUCGAUCCGCAGAUGUCGUUGCAGCUGCACAUUUUGGUGCCGAAGUUGCUUUGAAAUUAUUGAAAGCUGGAAACAGGGCUGUAAACCAAGUUGCAAAUGCUUUUAAAUGUAUACCGGUUGAAGGAUCUAUUGUACAACAAGUCCGUCGUUAUGUUCUUCAAGCUGAAAAUUUUGCAAUUUUGAAUCAAAAUGAUGGUUUUCCGGAUGAUGAUUUUAUGAUUAAUUCAAAUGAAGUCAAGGAAUCUGAUUUAAAGCCAACAAUUUAUCAAAGGAAUGUUAAUGAAGUAUAUAAUUUAAAAUUGAAAGCUGCUAGAUCAGUAUUUAAAAAAAUUACUGACACUUAUAGUGUCUUUCCAUUCUCCAUAAAUUCAUUGGAAAGUACACGAGAUCGUCUUGGAAUUCCGGAAUGUGUAACACAUGGUCUAUUAAGACCGUAUUAUGUUCUACUAGAAAAUGCUGGUGAAGCUGUCGUUGCGCAAAUUAAAUUCACAGCUCUAGUUAUGACAAACGGAAAUCCUACACGUAUUACGUCAUCAAUUCAAUCGCCAUAUAUUUCUUCUGAAUUGUCCAUACCACCAGAAUCAGACAUUGCAAAGUUAUUAGCUUGUGAAAUUAAAUCUGUUAAGGCGAAACAUAUAUGA